AUGAAAAAAAAAAUUAUUCUAUAUUCAAUUUUUUUGAUUCUAUUUUUAAAUAAAAUCGCACAUGGACAACAAGAGAAAAUUAAAGGAAUUUUUAAAAAUGAAAUCAUUAAUAAAUUAAAUAGAGAAGAGAGUUUUUUAGAGGAUUAUCAAAAUUUAAUUAAACAAUUAAAAGGUUAUGAUUCAAAGAAAAUUGAUUAUUAUGAUAUCUUUUUUAGUGAUGAGGAAUUAAAUUCAAGGAAAUUCCUUUCUCAAGAAUUUAUAUCACAAUAUAAAAUUUUUUAUAGGGAUGAAUUAGACAAAGAUUUAAAUCAUUUAUUGGAUUUCAAUGAAUUGAAAUCAUUUCUUCAAAAUUCGAAAGGAUCUGAAUAUACUGAUAAUUAUAUUCAAAAAUUUAUUAAUAAAAAUACUAAUAAUAAUCAAAAUAAUAAUGAAAAUAAUAAUGAAAAUAAUACAAUUAAUUUUCCAACAUUUUUAAAAGCAUGUAUUUCAUUUCACACAGAUUUUAAAAAUUUAGAUCCUGCAUGGAAAUUCAUUUUAAAUGAUGUAUCAAUUGAUAGAACUGAAGAAAUGAAUACAAUUGCUCAAGUCGCUUUAGAAAGAUAUAAAAGAAUGAGAAGAGAAUAUAAUCAAGCAAUGACUGAUAUUGAUAAUGAAUUAUCAAAUAAUUUAGAUACUUUUAAAGCAGAGUAUGAACAAUUAACUGAAAUUUAA